CACACUGUCGCCAAGGAUAGUGAAAUGGUUUUGUAGUACUACGCAAAAUGGUUUGGGCUUCAUUUCUGUUUUCCUUCUGGUUUAUAUGGAUCAAAAUACAGAGUCGCUGUAGCUAGUUAUCAAAGAUACCCUUUCUAUCAAUCUUCCUUUGAAUAUUUUCCUUUGUUGAGGUCCGAAACUUCGGGUCUAUUUUGUCAGUCGCAAGGGGAUAACAGUUGUUCCGGGUGUUGUUAGGCACCGUCAACAAGUAUAGGAAAUCAUGGCGGACAGUGUCAAAAGUUUUGAUCAAGGCGGUGUACGGAGAAUUCACAGCCAAAGAAGUUCAGGACGCCUUCACAAAGGUCAUGGAAUUGCAGCAGCCACAUCUAGCAUUCCAAGCAAAUUCCAGACAAUAGUUUCUGACAAUUCUGACAAGAAGGGAUUUGGAGCCAAAUCAAGAAGAUUCAACCACGAUGAACACAUGAAUGAUCUACCGGGCCCUGGGUCAUACGUGAGACAUGGGACACUAGAAAACACUAGUACAUCUCUCUCCAAGAAGGGCACGGGAGGAUUUGCUUCUAAGAGUAAGAGGAAACAAUCUCAUAUCACCCCUGCUGGCCCCGGCCCUGUGUAUGCCCUGCCAUCCUUGCUGAGGACCCAAGGAGACUAUAACAAAGCAGGCUGCACAGGAGCCUUCCACAAACCAAUAGCUGUCAGCACAGAGAAACCAGACUACAAGCCAGCUCCUAAUACAUACACUGUGGUGGAAACUAAUGUAGCAAAAAACUAUGGCCAACCUGUGCAGGCAUCAUUUAAGUCAACAACAAGAAGACCACCUCCACAAGGAGUCCACAUUGUCAAAUCCAAAGUGCCAGCACCAUGGCAUUAUGACAUCAAUGAUCAUCAGGUGAAGCAAAGUGUCAAAGUCCCAUUCUCCAGUUUCAAGUCCACCUCAGAUCGAAUGAGGAAAGCCAACCUAAAUGAGAACCCAGGUCCAGGAGAAUAUCGCCCCUUUGAGGAAGCUGACAAGCGUGUGGGGCAAAAGUUUCCGAUGAAGCACUACCUGUGUAUAUCAGCCCCAGCCAUGCCCCUCCCCCACCCCAUACCUGACCCAGGCCCUGGGGCCUACAACCUGGUGGACUAUAAAGGUCCACAGAAACACUACAUGUCCAGCUCCAUGUUUGUGUCCAACACCAGUCGCUGGACGUUUAAGGGGAAGGAGCGAGACCAGCCAGGACCAGCGACGUACCAUCCAGAAGGAACAGGCAAGCAGUCCUUCAUCUACAACACGUAUGGAAGAUGGGUGCCCACUUAGUGACUGGAGCAUAGUUUGGUUACUUAAGCAAACCUCUUAGAUGCCAUGCAGCUAAGAUCAUGUAUCAACCAAUCUUGUGCACUUUUCCUGUACAGAAAUAUUUGUACUUGAUUGAAAAGCACUUUAUAUCAUGUGCAUUUAUGCUUCAGUUACGCUGGUUGGUCAAUUUUUAAAAGUAGAAUUAAUUUUGCACAGGAGAACGGCUCAGAGCACUGUUAUAUAUUCUGUCAGAGAACCUUCACAUCUAGUAAAAAGUAUGCUGCUUGGUGCGUAAAGUGGUAACAGUAUUACCAUGAAAUGACUUUAAGGACAAUUUUCUGUUGAUCUUGGCAAAAGUGAGUGCCUUAAACUGAAGGGGCCAUGGUGGACAGGUAGUGCUUCAGGAGCUGAGCUGCCACGUAUGUGCCAGGACAAAUCUCUAUUGUACAGUACAUCCUUUUCAAAACUCAGCAUGUACAUACCAUGUGAAAAGGAUGUCAUAUACAUGAUGGUGUAUUGAACAUAUCUAUGAGAAUUGUAAAUAUACUGUACAUAUGUAUAGAGAAGAAAAGUAUUGUAAAAUCGUUUGUAUCUGUGAAAUGAAUAAAAAGGGUU